UCAAGAGUUCACCUUCAACCCUCAGACGCGCUCAACAAAAAUGAAAUUGCUCCUGUCGUUCUUGCUACUUUGCUUGGCCUGCCUGGCCACCGGCGUCAGGCCGCCGAUGCCGUACGCCCGUCAAGCUCGGGCCCGCUACGUCCCGUUGUUUUACGCCAACGGAAUUCCGGCCGGCUACGAUUUCUUCAACGACGACAGCAAGGCUGAAGAGAUCCUGCCGAGGAACAACAUCAACGACACGCCAUUGGGUCGCCUGUUCGGCAACAUUCUCUCGCCCAUUUCCAAUUUGAUAACCAGGACGUCGACGACGACCGUCGUGGCCGUGUCGACCGUGACGUCGGCCGUGUAUGCCACAUGCAUCCCCUCCAUCAAUUUCUCCGCAGUUGGGCAGGGCUUCGCCACUACGGCCUGCGCCCGCCGCCGUCGUGACGUGGCGGAACUUUCAGCCGAAGGAGCCGCCGACAUCAAACCGGCUCUACCCUUGGCGAUGGAGACCAGUGUGAUCCUUGACGCUCCGGCGGUGCAAGAUCAGCCGGAGCUUUUGUCUUCCAAAUCGGACGAAGAAAUGGCGGAGAAAUUGGCGGAGACUCGUCUAGGAAAUACGGCAGCCACGACUGUCAAGUGGGUGACAGUCUCUUCCACGGCCUACAAGUUUGUUCCUCAGACCAUCACGUCCACAAAAGACCUGACCGAUGCUAACGGUCUGAAAUGCCUUCCAGCCGGAUUCCUUGUUUGCGCUGCCUAAAUGAUGUCAUUUGACAAUUUCAACU